CUGAAAGGCAGAGUUGGCGGAAGUUACUCUUCAGCCCAACCGCCUUCUCGCUCAGAGGUGUGUGCUGUUAAACAGGUCUCGUGUUGGCCUGUAACCCGGGGACAACAGGACGUGGAAAGUAAGGAGUAUAGAGAAGAGAGAGCGCGUGGAAAAACAGAAAAAUGCCGCACAAUUUCCAACCAGGGGACCUAGUGUUCGCCAAAAUGAAGGGAUACCCCCACUGGCCAGCCCGGGUUGAGGAUGUGGCCGACGGCAGAACCCCCCCAAGUCUCCAUACAUGCCCUCUGUCCCUUUUCCCUGCCAGUGCAUUCCUAGCACCAAAGGACCUCUUCGCCUACGAGAAGGGCAAAGACCGAUUCGGGAAACCCAACAAGAGGAAGGGCUUCAACGAGGGAUUGUGGGAAAUCGAAAACAACCCGCAUGCGUCGUACAGCGCCCCCCCGGUGGCCAGCUCCUCGGACAGCGAUGAAGAAGGGACCAAUGAAAACGCAGGAGGAAGUGAGGGAGAGGAGGAGGAAGCCGUGGUUCCCAGGAAAGCAGACACAGGAAGUGAGGUCGAUUCUGAUUCUGGAAGUGAAGAUCAACAAAGAAGAAGAGGAGGAGGAGGUGGAGGAGGAGGAGUAAAGAGGAAGGCCCCUGCUCCUAAGCGGCCCCCGCCGAAGCGAUCGCGCGGCUCCUCCAGCGACAGGGACCAGGAGGAGAGCGGCUCCCCGUCCGAACCCGAGGCUUCGCCCAGCGCCGACUCCGAGUCCGGCAAGGACAGCGACCAGGACUUCACCCCACAGAAGAAGUCAGUGGCCUCAGGAGGGAAGAAGGGAGCGGGCAGAGGCAGGAAAAAGAAGGCUGCUUCGGACUCCGACUCCGACUCGGGGUCUGGCUCGGACGCGGGGGCGAGGGGGAGGAAGAGGAGCGAUUCGGAGGAGGACCAGAAGCCUCGGCCGGCCAUCUCCGGGUCGGAAUCCCAGCCCAGCUCCAAAUCCGAUUCCGACUCCGAGCCGCCGCCCCGGAAGACCCCCCAGGGGCGCAAGAAAGCCGCAGAGAAGCCGGCCCCAAAGCCGCGCGGGCGCAAGGCCAAACCCACCCCUCCCAGACCGGCCAGCUCGUCCUCCGACAGCGACAGCGACAGCGAGCCGGACCGCAUCAGUGAGUGGAGGAGGCGCGAUGAGGAGCGCCGGCGGGAGCUGGAGGAGCGGAGGAAGCGGAUGGAGGCGGAGGAGCUCCACAGGCUCCGGGAGAGGGAGAAGGAGGAGGAGGAGAAGAGGAAGAGGGAGAAGGAGAAGGGUGGAGGACGGGACAGCGGAAGCAGCAGCAGCAGCAGCAGCUCGGACGAGGGUCUGGAGGACUACCCCUUAAAGAAGAGCAAGAAGCCCCCACCCCCACCCAUUCCUGCCCCCUCAGACUCAGACUCUCCCCCUCCUGCUGAGGUGAAGAAAUCCGCCAAGCGCCCGGACAGCCAGAAGAAAGAGAGGUCGCGUAAAGAGAAGGUCGUCAAAGAUAAAAAAGAGAAAGCGCUGAAAGAGAAGAAGGCCAGGCGGAAAGAGGAGAAGCCUCGGACCAGGCCCAAGCGUGAGCCGGUCAGGCGGAAGUCGGAGAGACCCCCAGAGAAGAAGGCGGAGAAGAAAAAAGAGCCGUCCCCAGAGGACAAGCUGCAGAAGCUCCACUCGGACAUCAAGUUUUCGCUGAAGGUGGACAAUCCAGAUAUUGAGCGCUGUCUGCGGGCCUUGGAAGAGCUGGGGUCGGUGCAGGUAACCAGCCAACUCCUACAGAAGAACGCCGACGUGAUCGCCACACUCAAGAAGAUUCGACGGUACAAGGCUAGCAAUGCGGUGAUGGAAAAGGCCAGCCUGGUCUACAACAAACUGAAGCUACAGGUUCUGGGCAAAACGGAGUCUGGGGAGAAACCCCAACCUGACGGCAAGGACCAGGAAGGAGAUGGAAAGGAGCAGCAGGACACAGAUGCAACACCUGUGAAUGGAGAGUCAGAGUCUCAGAAUAAAGAAGACAGCCAAUCAUCAUCCAUUUCCAAGUCACCUGACCAGGAGAAUAACAAGGAGCAUGAAGCCCCACCCCCUAACAGACCAAGUCCAGGGAGCCCGGCUGAAGAGCAGGCGCACGCUGAUGAUGUCACAGACGACGACGUCACGGCAGAGACAGACCCGCCGUCUGCAGAGAGCUGAAGAAGGCCAGCGUCUCGAGAGUACGCUGACUCGGCGCGGACGAACGGCGGGAGCUGAAACGGACGUCCCGCCGCCGUGCCGAUGUCUACCUUUUUUUUAAAUCAAUUUAUCCACCAUUUUUCUUUCAUUCGGACUUUUUUUUACAGCAGCUGCAAGCGCCCCCCUCCCCUUUGUGUAGCCCCAUUCUCAGCUUCAAGCCAGCAGCAUCCAUUCACCUUGUGUAUUAAAUUGAGGGGGAGGGGCAUCGAGCACUUUUGACUUUUCGAGAGAAGGCGAGAGAGAGAGAGAGGGAGGAGGGGGAGCUUUGUCGUAAACGUCUCCUCGGUCUUUCGUGUUCCCCUUGUGCUGUUACAGCGCUCUGUCGCCCUGUGAGGAGCGUCGGUGUCGACUACGUCAUAAGAAAGAGAGGGAAAAAAAAUGUUGAAGCCUCAAAAAAAAAAAAUCUCUGAAGGAGUAAAGGUUUGUUUGGACCACAUGAAAUGGAAUUUUGAACAUUUCUUUAUUGUGAGCUUUUGUCUCUGUCCUUUUUGAUAUUACUUUACUAUUUUAAAAAAGAAAAUGGUGAUUGUUAAUACAGUCUAAUCGGAACAAGAAAGCAAGCCUGUUGCCUUGUAGAAGUACACCUAGUUUCUAUGUGUUCAAAUUAUUACUGUGUACUGCAUUUCUCUUCUAUCUACAGAAUGCUUUGGAAGUGCUUUUUUGUUUCUGGUCCUCAUUUCACCUCAACUGUCAGCCAUUGUUUUGGAAGAGGUACUUGCAGUGUAAAACUUUCAGAUAUUGUUCAGAGAUUGUGUACAAGAUAUUCACACAUUUAACCUGGAGCAUCUUUUAAAUUUGCAGAUUUUUUUCUUGCUCCAAUUAAUGGUGUUACUGCUGUUCAAAGAUUACAUUUUUUAACAAUCGCUAGAUGCAAAUUGAAUAAAAAUGUCAGUACGGUAGUCCUGAUACUGGACCAAGUACUAUAUAAACAUUGAAA